GAACGCUAGACAGAGAUAUGGUAGUGUGUAGACAAGGGGGCGGCGAUGGUGGGUGGUCGCCGGAAGAGGCCGAAAAUAGUUUUGCUGAUGCAUGCGGGAAAAGUGCUGAUGCUUGCGGGAAAAAGUGCUGAUUCAUAAGAGGGCGAAAAUAGUUUUGCUGAUGCAUGCAGGAAAAGUGCUGAUGCUUGCGAAAAAAGUGCUGAUGCUUGCGGGAAAUAGUGCUGAUGCAGAAGACCGCGAAAAGUGACCCACCCGAGGGGUAUAUAAGGAGACAGGGCAGUUAGUGUGAGAGAGAAAGUAUGUGAGAUCAAGGUUCGCCACUGCCAGAAAUAUCGACUGGCGUCGGAUUAAAACCAUCUAGAACCCACGACAGUGUUGUGUUUGGUGUUGUGGAGAGACUGGGGGAAGAAUCACAUCUAACCCUGCUACAUUUUUGGCGCCCAAUGUGGGGCACUGGGCGAAACUGAACAUCUCAAGUCAGCUUAGUGCCGCCAGUGACAAUGGAACUAACAGAGGAGGAGAAGCGAGUGUUGGAGGCCUUCAGGAAUUUGGAAGUGAAGCCAACAGCAGACACCUCUGCCGACCUACAGCAAUGGGCGGCAGGGUACGCUGCGACAAGGGAUGGAGUGGAGACUGCGCCGCUGAUUGCCAGCGGACCACAGACACCGCGACUGCCGCCAUUCUCCGGGGGCAAGAACGACACAGCGCUGGACCUGUGGAAGUAUGAACUGAUGUGUUUGCGGGGGCGGUAUACAGACGCUGUUGUGUUGGAAGCUGUCCGCCGUUCUUUGAGAGGCGAGGCGGCCAGAGUGGCUAUGCGUCUGGGCCCUCACGCGACAUUGAACGAGCUGUUGCAGAAAGUUGACAGUAUUUUUGAUCUCGUGGUGUGUGACCAAGACCUACUCGGGUCCUUCUACACUGCGCGCCAGGAGGCCGGGGAGAAUGUCACGCAGUGGCGGUGUCGCAUAGAAGACAUCCUGACACAAGCCCUGGGUGCGCGCCUGAUAGAAAGACGCGCAUACAACGAGACGCUGCGCUGCAGACUGUGGGGAGGACUACGGCAACCCCUAAAGGAUCGAACUGCCUACAAGUUCGAAAUGGAGUCAGACGUGGACGCUCUAUUUCGCAGCUUAAGGCAGGCAGAGCAGGAGACCGAGGGACCAGCACACAAGACAGGUGCAGGAAAGCAAGCGGCGGUCAACGCUGCACAAGCCAUCCCGGCCGGAGACUGGAGUGCAGAGGUGAGGAAGCUGUCGGCCGAGGUGCAGUCGUUGCGGCGCCAACUGCAACAAGGACCACGCAACGACCCUGCGGCUGGCAAGGCGUUAAACCAGCGGCCACCACGCUCCAGCUACGAGGACGACGGGCCUACAUGCUUCAGGUGUGGCGGCAAGGGCCACAUCAAAGUGGGGUGUCGCAUGCGCAUUGACCAUCUGCGCAAGACCCUAAACUACAGGCUGACCUGCAGAAAGGGGCAACGGGUUGACCAGCGUCCGCCGGCACACGGCCCCGCUGGCGAGAAAACAUUGAUAGGUCCCAGCACGUGUGUAGACGUCUGCAUCGAAGGUGUGGCCACGGCAGCGCUGCUGGAUACAGGUGCCACUGUAUCAACGGUGACGGAGACAUUCCAUCGCCAGAAGCUGGCACACCUGGCCGUCCGUCCGCUUCAAGAAGUGCUACGUAUUGAGUGUGCGGAUGGCCGAAUGCUCCGUACUUAG